UAAUGAUUUUGAAUAUAAACCAUUAUGUUGGAGUAGAUAUGACUUUCAACGUAUUGGAGCUUUCUGCUGACAGCAAUCAUUUUUGUAUCACACUGAAUGCCAUAAUGAGGGGCAGAGAGUUUGGAUAUUUUGUGCCAGGUCAGCCACUUAACAGUUCGCCAACUGUGAAAAAAUAUGAAUACAAAUGUCCAUACCAAUUUGCAGAACAGAUAGAGAUAAUGCGUCAUCUCCAUCCUCAUUGCCAGACAGCUGGAGACAGUGAGUUGCUGGAUCCAAAGAAUCGUGAAUGGCGAACUGCUGCUCAACGAGCUAUGCAAUAUAAGGGUACUGCAGGCUGCUGGGGAGGUCAUUUUAAGGAGGCCAUUGUUAUAAGUACAAUAUCUAGAAGAUGCUAUCACUUGAUAAGAUCGAUAAUAGCCACUAGGAAGACACUUUUCUUGAAAGUUACUGGCUUUAUGUUCCGGGGAUUUUGUGGAUGUAAAGAUGAGGGAUUCAUGUACACAAUGUUGAGAAAAUGGGACCAGGGAGAUAUCAGCCCAAAUGAUGUGAAUGAGCAAUUGAAACAAGAAAAGGCUCUGACUCGUCCAGUGACUGAAUGUGAUACUUUAAGGACAAAAAAUGCUGAGCUGGAAAGACAGGUGGCUGAUUUAAUGGAGGAAGUAAAAGAUCUCAAAGCCAAACUGGAUGAAGCAUUAGAAAUGAAUGCGAGACCCGCACAAACCUAUAAUGAUGACAUGUAUGACUUUUCACCAAAUCAUGAGGUAUGUGUAUAAUGUUUUCAGCUAUUAUAAUGAAGAAAUUUCUUUAAU